GGUUCCCGCCGCGGUUGCCGAGCGGCGGCCGCUCCGUCCCGUCCCGCCCGCGGCCAUGAGCGCGGCCGGGCUCGUGUCCGCGCCGCCCGCAGCCCCGCCGGGGCCGCCCGCCCCCGCCAUGGCCCCCGCGCCCGACUACUACGAGGAGGAGGAGCUGGAGAGCGCCGAGGAGGAGGACGGCGAGCGGAGCGCCCGGGCCCGCGACUCCGACGAGGACACUGAGGAUGCCAGUGAAACAGACCUGGCAAAGCACGAGGAGGAGGACUUUGUAGAAAUGAAAGAACAGAUGUAUCAGGACAAACUGGCAUCUCUGAAGAGGCAGUUACAGCAGCUGCAGGAAGGUACUCUUCAGGAAUAUCAGAAAAGGAUGAAGAAGUUGGACCAGCAGUACAAAGAAAGGAUAAGAAAUGCAGAACUGUUCCUGCAGCUGGAAACAGAUCAGGUGGAGAAAAAUUAUGUGAAGGAAAAGAAAGCAGCAGCAAAGGAGUUUGAAGAUAAGAAAAUUGAGCUUAAGGAAAAUCUGAUAGCAGAGUUGGAAGAGAAGAAGAAGAUGAUUGAGAAUGAAAAGCUAACCAUGGAAUUAACAGGAGAUUCAAUGGAAGUGAAGCCCAUUAUGACGAGGAAACUGAGAAGGAGACCAAAUGAUCCAGUUCCCAUCCCAGACAAGAGGAGGAAACCUGCCCCUGCUCAGCUAAAUUACUUGUUGACUGAUGAGCAAAUAAUGGAGGACCUAAGAACACUGAAUAAGCUUAAAUCACCCAAGAGACCAGCCUCCCCCUCCUCUCCUGAGCACCUCCCAGCAACACCAGCAGAGUCUCCAGCACAGAGGUUUGAAGCUCGGAUAGAAGAUGGCAAACUCUACUAUGACAAGAGAUGGUACCACAAGAGCCAAGCUAUUUACCUGGAGUCGAAAGAGAACACGAAGAUCAGCUGUGUGAUCAGUUCUGUGGGAGCCAACGAGAUCUGGGUGAGGAAAACCAGCGACAGCACCAAGAUGAGGAUCUACCUGGGGCAGCUGCAGCGGGGCGUGUUCGUGAUCCGCCGGCGCUCGGCCACCUGACCCUGCUCUGCCCUGUCCUGGUUUCUGUCACACCACCAAACCUCUGCCAGGGGCUCACAGGCUGCUCACUCCUCCCUGCAGCAGGGAACAGUCCUGACCUCUGCCGAGACACUUUGUGGCUGGCCACAUAAUCC